UGUAUGUAAAGUGUCAAUUUGGUAACCCAAAACCAACAAGAAAAUGAAAUGAACGGAAGCCACCGGCCGUUGGACGGAGUAAUCGAAGCACCGUUUUCAUUUCAACUGAUCCAAUUGGCUUAAACUCAUCACAACAAUCUCUUCUUCUCUGCUUCGAUUCAUCCAUCUUUCUCAUUUACCAUACCGAAAUCCCAAAUUUCUUCGCACAUUUUCCAUCCAAAUUGAUUUCUGUUUACAGAAUUUCACCUCAAAAUGAUUAUUCAUUCUUCGCUUUCAAUUUCCAAUCAGUCUCCUUCUUCUUCUCAUUCGCCUCUCCCAUUUGUUAAACUCCGCAACUUCUCUAAUCAUUCCCUCCGUUUUCGCCGGUCGAUUUCAGUGAUUCGAUGUGAAGCUCUCGAUUCCUCUUCUUCAGAGGUGGCGGUGCAGUCCUCUUAUUCUUCUUCUUCUUCGGUGGGAGGUAGGGUUAUGGAACCCCAAGAGGGUUCUUCCAAGGCAGGUCCAUAUCCCGGAGGAAUGGGGCCUCACACCGGCAGAGAUCCGAGUGUGAAGAAGCCUGGUUGGUUGAGGCAACGAGCUCCCCAGGGAGAGAAAUUUCAGGAGGUCAAAGACUCCUUGUCUCGUUUGAAUCUCAAUACUGUUUGUGAAGAGGCUCAAUGCCCCAACAUUGGAGAGUGUUGGAAUGGGGGAGGGGAUGGAAUUGCAACUGCCACAAUUAUGCUUCUUGGGGAUACAUGCACUCGGGGAUGUAGAUUUUGUGCUGUUAAGACUAGCAGAAACCCUGCACCUCCCGAUCCAAUGGAACCACUUAAUACUGCUAAAGCUAUUGCCAGUUGGGGUGUGGAUUACAUCGUCUUAACAAGUGUAGACCGUGAUGAUAUUCCUGAUGGAGGAAGUGGGCAUUUUGCUCAAACAGUUAAAGCAAUGAAGGAACUUAAGCCCGAGAUAAUGGUUGAAUGCUUAACUUCUGAUUUCCGAGGUGACUUAAAGGCUGUGGAGACUCUUGUUCACUCAGGGUUAGAUGUAUUUGCUCACAAUAUCGAGACUGUGAAACGGCUUCAAAGAAUUGUUAGAGAUCCUCGAGCUGGUUAUGACCAAAGCUUAGCCGUGCUAAAACAUGCAAAGCACAGUAAGGAGGGGAUGAUAACCAAAUCUUCAAUCAUGCUAGGGCUUGGAGAAUCCGAUGAUGAAUUGAAGGAAGCUCUUGCUGAUUUAAGGGCCAUAGAUGUGGAUAUUCUUACACUUGGGCAGUAUUUGCAGCCCACCCCAUUACACCUGACUGUCAAAGAAUACGUCACACCUGAAAAGUUUGCAUUCUGGAAAGAAUAUGGGGAGUCGAUUGGAUUCCGAUACGUGGCCAGUGGGCCCUUGGUUCGAUCAUCAUAUCGGGCAGGCGAGCUCUUCGUCCAAACCAUGGUUAGAGAAAGGGUCAAAAGCUCAACUGCAAAUUGAAAAAAUCAGCACUCCCAGCUGUGACGUUUUUCGAGUCAUUGGUCAAGCUGUAAAAUAGAAAAAAUGGAGGGAGAGGAAUGAUUUUUAAAGGAAGAAGCCAUUGUCGACAACAUUGAAUACAUGGCCAACUUAGCAAAUGGUAUGGCUCUCCGGAGUUGGUUUCUUCUCUCAAUUUUUGAUGAACGUUGCUGGCUAUUAUUACACUUGCAUUGACCCCCAUUUUUGUCUUGUUUUAAGAACAAUUAUUUAAAAUCUCUCAUCAUUUUUAUUUUUAUUUUUUUGAUUUUAGAUCCAAUAGGGGAUGGAAGAUUCAAACAAAAUAAUAAUAACAAUAAACAAUAGUAGUGUAAUAA